AUGUUUAUAACCGAGCUGUCUCUUUCAUUGGUGCAUAAACCUUCCCGUGCGCCGAUCAAGCACCUUGAAGUGCAGAAUGCACAAGCUGUGCAAGCCACACCUGAUGUUCCAGCUCACACAAAAGAGCCACCAAGCUCAGACUCCGAGCCAGAGGUCCGACCCAUGAAACGUCUGAAGACUCAACAGAAGCAAGACUUGAUGUGUCCACAUUGUGCAAAGGACUUCAAAAGGCUCUUUAAUCUCAAGUCUCACCUGUUGACACACAAGGCGGAUCGUCCGUUUUCGUGUGAUAUCUGCUAG